AUGAAGUCUUGCUUCGCCUUCUCCGUCUCUCUUUCCUUCCUCCUCCUCAUUCUUCUCAGCGUUUAUCCUCAACGUUCUGAAUCAGCACCUUUGUAUCUAUGGCAUUACUGCCCAAACGCCACCCUCUUCGCUAUCAAUUCCACCUACCAAUCCAACCUCAACGCCCUCCUCUCUUCCCUCUCCUCCUCCGCCGCUGCUGCCGCCGCCACCAACAACGCCGGCGGCUUCGCCAAUGCCACUGCCGGCCAAAACCCUCCUGACAAGGCCUACGGGCUCUUCCUCUGCCGCGGCGACGUCAGUGCCACCACGUGCAGCGACUGCGUCACCACCGGAAAGAAGGAUAUCCUCCAGAGAUGCCCCAACCAGCGAGUCUCUGCGAUCUGGUACGAGGAGUGCCUGUUGAGGUACUCGAACCAGUCCAUCUUCUCGGUCGUGGAAGAAGUGCCUGCUUUAUUACUGAGGAACAUCACCGGGAACAUCACUGACCCGGCCAAGUUGGUGCAAGUUUUCGGAAACACCAUCAAAGACGUCGCCUGGAGGGCGUCGGGAAAGACAUUCGCAAUUGCGACGGCCGAUGUUACCACGCUUGAGAGGCUGUACACGAUGGCACAGUGCACGCCGGACUUGACGCCGUGGGACUGUAACACGUGCCUCCGGUCGGUGAUUCCGCUUCUUCCCGAGGGGCACGUAGGAGGGAUGAUGUGUACUCCGAGCUGCAUCGUGAGGUUCGCGUUGCACCUCUUUUAUAACGCCUCCGUCGUGCCCGGCCCGCUUCCUCCUCCGGUUACAUCAGCUGAACUGGCCCCAGUUCCUCCUCCUCAUGAAGGUAUAUGGGAAAUGUAA